UCGAUUUGUCAGACUUGUCAUUUCCUUUCGUACGUGUGAAAUUGUAUUAUAAAUAUUCGGAAGCUACGGAAAGUUUGCAGAUUUCUUGGACCAUGAAUCGCCAUCGGUAUGACAACGAUACUACGGUCUUUAGCCCUCAGGGGCGAAUAUUCCAGGUGGAGUAUGCCAUGGAGGCAGUGAAGAAAGGCGAGGUCACCGUGGGACUAAAGAACAAGGACUUCACAGUGCUGACUUCACUCUACGAGCCAUCGGAUGAAGGGUCCAUGCAGCGAAAGAUUAUACCAGUGCAUUUGCAGCUGGGCAUGACCUUUGCGGGUGUGGCUCCAGAUGCCAAAACACUCUGCCGCUAUAUGCUGACCCAGGCCUUAACCUAUCGCUAUUCGUACAUCGGUGAAAUGCCAGUGCACCGACUGAUGAUCAAUCUGGGCAACAAGAUGCAAGCCUACACCAACCGCUACGAUCGUCGUCCCUUUGGGGCUGGCCUCUUGGUGGCGGGCUAUGAUGAACAGGGCUCACACCUCUACCAGAUAAUGCCAUCGGCCACUGUCACCAAAUGCCUGGCCACUGCGAUUGGGUCGCGUUCGCAGAUUGCUCGCAACUACCUGGAGCUUCACACGCAAGACUUUGAGGGCUGCUCGAAGGACGACCUAAUUUGCCACGGCAUUCAGGCCAUUCGUGAACCGCUGGGCAACGAGAAUAACCUCAAGAUACAAGUGGCCAUCGUGGGCAAAGACGUUCAAUUCAAAGUGUUCAGCGAGGAAGAGACGCAAAAGUAUCUCGAAACGGCAAAGCGCAUGGCAGCCAACUUUGAGCCAGCAGCUACAGACGAUCUCUUAAGCCAGGGAUCAAGUGAUAAUAUUACUUAAUCGAAGACAACAUUAACUCGCAACGAAACUUACUAAAUAUACAAAAAACUUGUUUUGUUGAUCAUCAAAAAAUUGUUAUGCCUUGAUACAAAUAAAAUGACUUCA